AGGACUCGGCGGCCCCGGCGAGGUGGCUGCAAACUCGCGGGCACGCACGGCGCUCGGGGAGCAGAGGGACUCGGGGGAGGGACGCGCGCGGAAGGCGCCAGCUUCCUUGUCGCCCGCCUCUGGCAGCCGCGGGCCGAGGUGGGAGGCACCCGGGGCCCCAGCGCGGCAGCGCCGAGGGCGGCGGCGGCGGCGGCUUCCCCUUUUUCCCUCUGCAGAGCUCUGGAGCAGCUCGGGGACCGGCCCUAAAAAGAGCAGGAAAUCUUGUUUACCGCCCGGGGAGAGGAGCCGAUCGAGCCUUUGUCUGGAAAGUCAGCAUCUCCGGCUCCGGCUGCAAUGUGCUCCUGGUGACAUUAGCACUGGGCAGAUCGGCCGGAGGAGGGGUCGCCAGGUUCAGAUCUGCUUUUCGGAGGCGGAUCGAUCGGGUGACUUUUGUGCAUUCGUUGCGAUUUUUCGGAAAUCUCUUCUUUUCCUCCCUUGCCCGCUGCCGGGCAUGUCCUGAUCUUGCGGCCGCUCUUACCACCCCGGGCUGCUGAGCAGAGCCUUCUCCGGCGGGUCUCCCUCCCUCCUUCCCUCCCUGACUUUGCAACACCACGUUCCAGGAGGACAGACCUAGGCAAGCAAGGAGGCGGGGGAGCUGCAAACACCAGGACUUAAACCUUGACAUGCUCUCGGGCGGCGAGGAGGAAGCCAGGAGCUGAGCGCACCGCCGGGGCUGCUCUGGGAGCCCUGCCCUGCGCCUGGGCGGCAGGCUUGCUGGUUCGGGGGGCACCCCUUGCUUCCCGCCCGGGGGUCGCCAGGUUCAGAUCAGUUCAGGAUGCUGCUGAAGGAGUACCGGAUCUGCAUGCCGCUCACCGUGGACGAGUACAAAAUCGGACAGCUGUACAUGAUCAGCAAGCACAGCCACGAACAGAGCGACCGGGGAGAGGGUGUGGAGGUCGUGCAGAAUGAGCCCUUCGAGGACCCUCACCACGGCAACGGGCAGUUCACUGAGAAGCGGGUGUAUCUCAACAGCAAACUGCCUAGCUGGGCCAGAGCUGUUGUCCCCAAAAUAUUCUAUGUUACAGAGAAGGCUUGGAACUAUUAUCCCUACACAAUUACAGAAUACACAUGUUCCUUUCUGCCGAAAUUCUCCAUUCAUAUAGAAACCAAGUAUGAGGACAACAAAGGAAGCAAUGACAGCAUUUUUGACAAUGAAGCCAAAGACCUGGAGAGAGAAGUUUGCUUUAUUGAUAUUGCCUGUGAUGAAAUUCCAGAGCGCUACUACAAAGAAUCUGAGGACCCUAAACACUUCAAGUCAGAGAAGACAGGACGGGGACAGUUGAGAGAAGGCUGGAGAGACAGUCACCAGCCCAUUAUGUGCUCCUACAAGCUGGUGACUGUGAAGUUUGAGGUCUGGGGGCUUCAGACCAGAGUGGAGCAAUUUGUACACAAGGUGGUCCGAGACAUCCUGCUGAUUGGACAUAGACAGGCUUUCGCAUGGGUCGACGAGUGGUAUGAUAUGACAAUGGAUGACGUUCGGGAAUACGAGAAAAACAUGCAUGAACAAACCAACAUAAAAGUUUGCAAUCAACAUUCCUCCCCUGUGGAUGACAUAGAGAGUCAUGCCCAAACAAGUACAUGACAUUGGAUGAAGUCCGAGAAUUUGAACGCGCCACUCAGGAAGCCACCAACAAGAAAAUUGGCAUUUUCCCACCUGCCAUUUCUAUCUCCAGUGUCUCCCUGCUGCCGUCCUCUGUCCGCAGUGCCCCUUCCAGCGCCCCGUCGACCCCUCUCUCCACAGAUGCACCAGAAUUUCUGUCAGUUCCCAAAGAUCGGCCCCGGAAAAAAUCAGCCCCAGAAACUCUCACACUUCCAGACCCUGAGAAAAAAGCCACCCUGAAUUUACCUGGCAUGCACACUUCAGAUAAGCCAUGUCGGCCCAAAUCAGAGUAACUACAUAUGAAUAUCUCAUGGGGUUUUAUAUUUUUAUUUGGGGAUUCGUUUGUUUUUUAAAGAAACUUCUGGUAGGGGAAAAGACUGCUUCGUCACCCAAACAUGUUCCCUCAACCUGAGAAUGCAUGUGGUUACCUAACUUCACAUAUAACAUGAUCCCCUAAGUACGCCACACAGCAUCAUAUUAGACGUAAUAAGGACGAAAGGCAUCUUCUGUAGCCACAGCUGGAAGCCAGGGAGGAAGCCUUGUUAUUGGCCAUUUGACAAGGUUGGCAUGGACUUCAAGGUUAAGUCAAUUGAAAACUUUGCACCACUUUGUUACAAGGUGUGGUAAAACAGUUAAGUCAAUUUCCUCCCAUCAGACCUGAAAUUUUCUAAAAUACUCUCAGGCAUAAGAUACCUAAUUAUUAAAUUUUGAACUGCUGAUUACCAAUACUUGAAUACCAGUAGUUACUGAGAUUCCUAUUUUGGUUAGUCUGACUCAGGAUUUGGGGCCUAAUAAACUCCUUACAUUUUUGAAACUUUGAAUUAUCAACCUAUCGAGGCUCCAAGUGCAAUUAAUGAUAACUUUAUACCUUCCACAGAAUUUAAUAAAGAUUCCAUUUCUUUCUGUCUUUUAA